AUGGAACAUCUUGAACCUUUAGUUUGCACAAUACUCUCCGUAAGAAAAAAUGUGAGCGAAAAUGAGACCGGCCUCUUGGGAAUUCUGAACGAAACCAGGCAGGAAAUGAAAGAAGAAGAAACACAAGAUAAGCAUAACAAAGAUGCCGCCAGAGGAAGUACCUCAGCAAGUGACGAGCCCUUCUACAGAAAUGCUCAAAGAUAUCUUAAUAUCACACAUCAACGACUUGAAAAACUGGAAAAUCAGUCACGAAGUUUAAUUGACGAAGUCAAACUCGUAAGAAAGAUGUCAGAGAACUUCUCACACACCACGUUGAAGCCUGAAGAGUGGAGUGAAGAGAGAUAUUUGACAAAACUGCGCAUAAGGCCCGCAGGACCAUCUGGACCACCUGGUGUUCAGGGCCUUCAGGUUAAUAUUGGACCUGCCGGUCCUCCCGGAAUUCCAGAAUAUAAUGGUCCUCAGGGUCCUGCAGGGCCCUCUGGACUACCUGGACCACCUGGUGUUCAGAGCCUUCGUGGACCAUCUGGGUACAAUAGUACCCAGGGCCCACCUGGACCCGAUGCCAGUUCCUGUCUUUUUAACGAUUCCUCCAGCCCUGGCAUGACACCAAAUCCGAACGCGAGACAAGAUGAGCAAGUGACGGAGUCAAACAUUUCAGAAACAAAAGAUGACAUGCAGAGUAGACUUCUCGCGCCGCAGAAACAAGUAACAUUUUUAAAUGCAUCGUUGAUGGAAAAGGAAAUCGUGGGUUUCAACGGAACAAGAGGUCCACGAGGCUCCCCGGGUGUUUCACGAUUACCAGGUCCAAAGGGGGUUGGAAAGCUCAGCUCUUGUGUUCAUAAGAAGGCAGAGGCAACUGGGCCGGCUGGAAUCUACUCUGUUAAUGACGUGCACGUAAGGGACAUAGUGGUAAGUAACGCCUAA